GACAUUUCUUAAGUCUCUCUGGGAGUUGUGUUGGGGUUCAGGACUGCUGGGUGAGGAUCGGGGCUCAGAGAGAGGAGACAGACCAACAAAUACAGGAUGAGGACUCUGGCACUGCUGCUGCUGGUUUUGGCUUUUACAUUUGCCACUGCGACAAAGUCUAGAAGUCAGUUCACACGUUACCGCUCAUGGAACUCACGGAUGUAUCCCGUAUGGAAAGAUGGAGACCCAAGAUUCAGGAACUGUUGGUCUGGUGGUGAAGUAACUUUUGAUCUGAAAAAUGAUGCACCCACCCUGACUGGAGCAAAAGCAACCUUCAAUAUUAAUCUUAAUUUCCCACCAAAUCAGACAAUGCUGCCUGACGGACAGGUGGUCUGGGCACAAAACUGUACCAUCAAUGGACAACAGUACCAGGCGGGUCAGGCUGUGUAUCCUGACCAGGACUCCCAGUCGACUGGAGUUUUUCCUGAUGGUACACCCUUCAACAGGAGCCAGAACAAGAAACCCCACUAUGUGUUUGUGUGGAAGACAUGGGGGCGUUACUGGCAGGUGGCAGACGGACCCUCCUCCUCCCUCACUAUCGGUACAGACAAUGUCCCCCUGGGCUCCUACAACAUGGAGGUUGUCAUCUAUCACUGCCGCGGCAAAGACAAGUUCAUCCCUCUCGGCUAUGCCUCCACGGUCUUCACCAUCACAGACCAGGUUCCCUUCACCAUAUCGCUCACCCAAGUCAAUGAUGUUAACGAGAACGACCAGAACUUCAUCCAGAACCGAGCCAUUGCUUUCAGCGUCAAGCUCCACGAUCCCAGCCAGUAUCUCAACAACGCUGACAUCAGCUUCAGCUGGGACUUUGGUGACAGCACUGGUACCCUGAUCUCCAGAGACCUCACCGUCACACAUACGUACCUCACAGUCGGGACAUUCAAACCUCAGGUGGUCCUGAUGGCAAGCAUCCCCAAUGGCUGUGGAAACCCCACUGCUGCUGUUCCUAUGGAUGCCUCUGCUGCUCCAGCAGUAGUUGUGAUGGCCUCCACCCCUGCAGCCGUCCCUGCAGCACCAGCUGAGGGAGGAGAUGCAAUUGCUCUGGACGUUCCUGCCUCUGACGCCACUCCCCUCGCUGCGUCCAUGCAGCCAGCUGAAGCAGAAGAUGGAGAAGCAGUCAUUGAUGCAGACACAGAGGCGAUAGAGGUUGCCUCAGUAGCACCUGCAGUAGUCGACACAGCUGUUGCUCCAGAGGAACAAGAUCCUGCUGACACUGCUGCAGAAACGGAUGUUGCUGCCGAGGGUGCAGAUGCAGCAGCAGGUGAGGUGGCCACUGCUGUAGAUGCCGAUGCAGCUGCUGCAGACAUCGAUGCAGCUGUUGCAGACACCGACGCAGCUGCUGCCGAUGCCGAUACAACUGCUGCAGAUGCCGACGCAGCUGCUGAUGCCGAUAUAGCUGCUGCAGAUGAAAACGCAGAGGUUGCAGAUGAAACUGCAGUAGUUGCAGAUGAAACUGCAGUAGUUGCAGAUGAAACCGCAGUGGUUGCAGAUGCAGCUGAAGAAAAUGAGCCUGUGAUUGACGCUGCUGCUUCAGUUGCACCUGUUGCAGAGGGUGAAGAAGCUGCAGUUGAGGACGCUGGCGCUGCCACUGUUGCUCCUGCAGCCGAAGUACCUGUUGAGCAAGAAGUCGACGUAGCUGUCGAUGCUGCUGCUGAUGCUGAUGCUGAUGCAGAGGUGGUCCAGGCUGAAACAGAAGCUCCUGCUGAUAACAUCGUAGCCCCUGCUGCCACUGAGGCCACAGCUGUAGAAGAGGCAGCACCAGCUGCUGAUACUGAGACUGAAGUACAGGCAACUGAGAAUGAAGCUGCAGCUCCUGCAGCAGGUGAUGAAGAGGCCUUUGCAGCUGAAGUCCAAGCAGAGGCAGAAGCAGAUCCAGCACAGGUUCCCCUCGUUGUGGCUAAAAGACAAGCACCAGAGCUGACAGCUGACUGCAUGGUCUACCGUUAUGGCUCCCUCGCCACCUCUGUAGAUGUUAUUCAGGGUAUUGAAAGUGUAGAGAUUGUACAGAUGACCAACGUUGUAGCAAUGGCGACUGAGUUGGAUCAGAAUGCUGUGGACGUCACCAUUACCUGUCAGGGAAGUCUGCCAAAUGAGGUCUGCACAGUCAUAUCAGAUGCUGACUGUAUCACACCUGUGGAAACGGUCUGUAAUGCAGCUACACCCUCUCCAGACUGUCAAAUGAUCCUUCGUCAGUUCUUCAAUGACUCCGGAGUAUUUUGCAUCAAUGUCUCCCUGACCAAUGAUGUCAGUCUUGCUGUGGCAAGUGCUAGAGUCAGUGUAACACUAGCCUCUGGUGGUUCCCCAGCUGGAACUGCAGCCACAGUCCUGGGGGUAAUGGUUCUCGCCUGUGUUGUCUGUUGCAUUGGUUUGAUGUACAGGCGGUUUAAACAAUAUCAGCCACUGAGAGAAGACAGUAAUGGAGGCAGUUCAGCGGUAACAUCAGUGCCUAUGUUGUUGUGGAACCUAUUGAGCCGACAGUCACCAGGAGAGAGUCGUCCACUGCUUCAGGGGAGGAUUGUGUGAAUAACAUCAUCAGCUCAUGCACUCAACAUCAUCACCAUCCAUUAAAAUACUGACUUUAUGCACAUUAUACUCUAACUAUAGUGAUAUUGUAACUGCCAAUGUACGAUACCAGAACCAAUUAAAUGAGCCAAGUUAAGUGAACCAGCCCCGUGUGCAACAACAUGCGUAGAAAUAGAAAGAAGUGUGAAAUAGAGAAGUGUCAGAAGAAUGUUGAAAGCGAUAUUUAUUUUGACCUGCAGUGUUUUAUAUUAAUUGGCACCAUUAGUUUAUAGAAGCCAUGCCUUACUCUUUUAUUUUUGGCCUACUUAUACUAAAUCAAUGUUAACACAUUUCAGUUCUUUCUUUACAUUGUAAUUAAAUCACUUACAUCACAGAACGUUAUGAAAUGAAUAAAAUGGAACUUUAUUACCGUUA